CUGCUGUUCGCAACCGUCUUCAGUUUCAUUUAGAAUUCCGAGGCGUAUACCACACGAGCUAACGGGAGUCGCGAAAUUUGUUAUCAAUAUGUUCAAAUCUUAUCAGCUGGUGCUAAGCAUGGCUCUGCUGUUUGGAUGUCUUAACCUUGAGACUAGAUCAUUUGCACGAAACUUCCAUACGAAUCUUCGACGCUCAAACUCGACAUAUGUGAAGCCGGCGACCAACUAUCAGCCCUGGGUUGGUCCGGGAUUUAAUAGUACCCGACCAAGAUUCAAUGAGACGCGAGUUGUCCAGCCCUUGCAGAGUAGUCCCCAGUAUGGAGCGCCUUACCAGGGAACAGCUCAACAGCCAAACAUAGGCUUCCAUGACAACUUCGUCGGUUCUGGGCAAUUCCAACCCAGUGGCACAUAUGGAUUCGGAACGUUUUCAAAUGGCACAACACAUGGCAAUUUCACCUAUCACAAAGGUGGACCGUCCAAUGGCACCUAUCCCUACGGGAAACUAUUCAAGCUGUGGUAGAAUCAAACACAACACCAACUUAAAAUAAAACAACACUUCAAAAAUAA